UCUGGCAAGUGGCAAGUACUGAUUGUGUCUGCUUCUGUUCGCCCAUACUCUUCUGCUUAGUUUUAGCAGUACGUAAUGAGAUGCUGAAUUUAGUAAUUUCUGAAAAGCUGACAACGGCUGCGACAAUGAUAAAACAAGGCCUGGCAUUCUUCUUUCUUUCAUUGAUUGUUGUCUGCAAUGCGGAGCCGAUCAAAUAUGCCGAUUGUGGUUCCAAAGUGGGUAAAAUAGCUUCUGUUGAUAUCUUACCCUGCCCAACUCAACCUUGCAUUUUGCAGAAGGGAAAGACAUAUUCUGUCAACGUGACAUUCAACAGUAAUGUAAACAGUGAAACCAGCAAAGCCAUUGUCCAUGGAAUAAUUGCGGGUCUUCCUAUUCCAUUUCCUAUACCAAUAGACGAUGGCUGUAAAUCUGGUAUUCAAUGCCCAAUGAACAAAGACCAGAUAUAUAAUUAUAUCAAUGAAUUACCUGUAAAGCCAGAAUACCCCUCAAUUAAACUGGUUGUACAGUGGGAGCUGAAGGAUCAAACUAACACAGACUACUUCUGCUUUAGAUUUCCAGUUGAAAUCAGCAGUUAAACACUUAACAUCAUGUACACUAAAUGAGAUGGCUACAAUGAAAAUUCUUUCUUUCAGCUCUUUUUUUUUUUUUUUUAAAAUGAAGGCCUUUUUCAGCCUUUAGCAAUAUUUUGUUCAGCUGAUGAUCUAGGAAUACUGAGAUUUAUUUUUUACAGAUAUUUCUAUUUAAUUUUUUUUAAUCAAUUGCCAGCUAACUAAGUACUUUUAUUUGUAAUCCAAUUUCAAGACAAGUUGACUACUGUGUAGUCACCUAGUGCCUGGUUUUAAAGAACUAGUGUAUGUGGCAUAUCAUUUUAUUCUACUUUUAAGACAAAUCAAAGUGUCCUGAACACAUUCCUUUUGUAAUGCAUAUCUUACAAUUUUAAGUUGGCUUAUUUUCUUCUAAUCUUGAUAACUAUUUUAAACUGUUGUAUGUUUUUAAUAAAUUGUCAUUAA